AUGGAACCUGAAAACCAAACAGCCAUUUCAAAAUUCCUCUUUCUGGGACUGACAGAGGACCCAGCUCUGCAGACCCUCAUCUUCAGCCUCUUCCUGUCCAUGUACCUGGUCACCAUCCUGGGAAACAUGCUCAUCAUCUUGGCUGUCAGCUCUGACUCCCACCUCCACACCCCCAUGUACUUCUUCCUGUCCAACAUGUGCUCCACUGACAUUUGCCUAAGCACUUGCACAGUCUCAAAGAUGUUGCUGAAUAUUCAAAUACAGGACCAAAGCAUCUCUUAUCCAGGCUGCCUCACCCAGGUCUGCUUUGUUAUAGUUUUAGGAUUCUUGGAAAAUUUUCUCCUUGCAGUGAUGGCCUAUGACCGCUAUGUGGCCAUUUGUCACCCCCUGAGGUACGUAGUCAUCAUGAAGUCCUGCCUCUGUGUUCUGCUGGUUCUGGUCUGCUUGUUCAUUAGCCUUUGGGAAGCCCUCCUCCACACUCUGCUGUUGUUGAGACUGUCCUUCUGCUCAGUCCUGGAGAUCCCCCACUUCUUCUGUGAACUUGCUCAGGUCCUCAAGCUGGCCUGUUCUGAUACCUUCAUCAAUAACAUCCUGAUAUAUUUUGCAGCUUUAAUGUUUGGUGGUCUUCCGCUCUCUGGGAUCAUUUUCUCUUAUGUUCACAUUGUGUCCUCUGUCUUGAGAAUGCCCUCAUCAGAAGGGAAGCAUAAAGCCUUUUCCACCUGUGGGUCUCACCUGUCUGUUGUCUCCUUGUUCUAUGGGAUGGGAUUUGGAGUAUACAUUAGCUCUGCAGUGACUGACUCCUCCAGGAAGACUGCAGUGGCUUCAGUGAUGUACACUGUGGUCCCUCAGAUGCUGAACCACUUUAUCUACAGCCUGAGGAACAGGGACAUGAAGGAGGCCUUGAGGAAGCUCACAGGCCAGAUGGCUUCUCUACUAUGA